AUGAGCGCGUACUGUUUGUCUUGCACCUGCGCCCUUGCUGACCUUCCUUCCAGCGAAUCGCCUUAUCCCGAAGUUCGGGCCGCUGUCGCGAGCAUCGAUGAUCCGUCGAUGCCAGUGAACACUUUCCGGAUGUGGUUUAUGGGCAUCCUUUUCGUUAUCCUUGUGACAGGUCUGAAUCAGAUCUUCGGCAUGCGCUAUCCCUCGGUUUACAUCACUGGUAUCGUAAUCCAGUUAAUCUCAUUGCCAAUCGGUAAAGGCCUUGAGAAGCUUCUGCCUACGACGAGGUUCAAUACUUUCGGUCACGUUUGGUCCUUCAAUCCCGGUCCUUUCUCCAUCAAGGAGCACGUGUGUGUUACCGUCAUGGCGAACGUCGUCGUCAGUGGUGCCUACUCCACCGACAUCGUUCUCGCACAGAAAAUCUUUUACGGUCAAUCUGUCCCAUUCAAGUAUCAGAUCCUUCUCGCUCUUGGGUCACAAGUCCUUGGCUUUUCUCUCGGAGGUCUUCUCCGUCAGUUCGUGGUCUGGCCUUCCAGCAUGAUUUGGCCUGGUGCCCUUGUCAACUCAGCCCUUUUCAACACGUUACAUAAAAACUAUGGCCAGCGCGAUCGUGGCCACAUGACCCGGGAACGUUUUUUCUUAAUCGCGAUGGCUUGCAGCUUCGUUUGGUACUGGGUUCCUGGAUAUCUGUUUACGGCGCUCAGCAUGUUCAAUUGGGUAUGUUGGAUUGCCCCCAAUAAUCUAGUCGUCAACGCCUUGUUCGGGACAAAUACCGGCUUGGGCAUGAGCAUGCUCACCUUCGAUUGGUCAAUGAUCGCAUUCAUCGGAAGUCCUCUUGUGACGCCUUGGUGGUCCGAGAUGAACACUGGAAUCGCCUUCAUCAUCAUGUUUUGGAUUGUUGCACCCAUCGUUUACUUCACCAAUAGCUUCAAUGCAGCUCACUUCCCAUUGUCUUCCUAUCUCGCCUGGGAUAAUACCGGAGCGCCCUUCUCAGCCAAGGCGAUUGUGACCAACGGAGUUUUUGACCAGGCGAAAUACUCUGCCUAUUCACCUGUCUUUCUGUCUACCACUCUCAUCUUGGCUUAUGGCAUAUCCUUUGCCUCUUUCCCGUCCGUCUUCGUCCACACCUUCUUGUGGUUCCGAAAGGAUAUCAUGCGUCGAUUCAGGCAUACACUCAAAGAUGAGCGCGAUAUCCACUCUCGCCUCAUGCAGGCCUACCGCGAAGUUCCCAUAUUUUGGUAUAUUGCAGUCGGGGUCAUCGCAUUUGCAUUUUUAUGCAUCUCUAUCGAAAUCUUCCCUACGCAGUUGCCUAUCUGGGGUGCCGUUGUCGCAUUCGCUCUUGCCACUAUCCUGUCUAUUCCUCUCGCCAUGCUUCAAGCCAUCACCAAUCAACAGGUACCUACGCAAGUCAUGCACGAGUUGGUUGCUGGAUAUAUGCUACCCGGCAAACCCAUCGCCAACAUGUUAUUCAAGACGAUUGCAUUCAUUGGCUCCAACCAAGCUAUUGGCUUUGCUGGAGACUUAAAGCUUGGUCACUACAUGAAAAUCCCGCCCCGCGUCAUGUUCAGUGUCCAGGUUGUCGCGGCCGUUAUCAGUUGUUUCAUUGCAACUGGUGUGCAAGAUUGGGCAUUCGCCAACAUUGAAGACAUUUGCACACCGCAUCAAAAGCAGGGCUUCCGCUGCCCGGGUUCCACUACCUUUGCGACUGCCUCCGUCAUCUGGGGCGGUGUCGGUCCUCGACGGCUUUUCAGCCCCGGACAACGUUAUUCCGCUCUCCUUUGGUUCUUCCCCAUUGGUAUAUUCGCGCCGAUUCCUUUCUACUUCCUUGCCCGCCGUUUCCCCCUUUCCAUCUGGCGUUACAUCAACAUUCCCGUAUUCUUUGCCGGGCUUGGCGCCAUCCCACCUGGCUCGGGCAUCAACUAUAUUUCAUGGGUUCUCACUGGCUUCACCUUCAACUACUGCAUUCGCCGCUUCCACUUCAGAUGGUGGAUGCGAUACAAUUAUAUCCUUUCUGCUGCACUUGACGCAGGCGUCGCACUGAGCGUGAUUGUGAUAUUCUUCUGUGUGCAGUACCCCAAGGGUGGUGUUGAGGUCAAUUGGUGGGGAAACUCUGUUUGGAUGAACAACGCGGACGCUAAUGGUAUCCCAUUCAAAGCCAUUCCUGAUGGUACAACUGUUGGUCCUACAACAUGGUGA